GUUGCUACAUAAAUAUGUUAGAGACAGAAAGACAAAACAGAAAUGUAUAAAAAGUGUGUAUUACCAUCAAUUACUCUACUUUAGGUGGGUUGUAGACAUUGUUUAAAUUUCAUCAAAAAUGCUGGAAUAUUGCCAUCAACCUACGAGUGAAUAAGAAGAGUUUGUGAAAGAACACUGAGAACAGGAGUGAUCCAGAAUUCUGCAGAAUAAAACCUGAAGAUACUGAUUAACAAAGAGGGUAUUGCUUGGAUUGUAGGUGGGGGGAGUGAAUAACCAGCAUUCUCUUCCAUCCUCAAUAUCAUAACUGAGGUGAGACCCUUGAGCAAGGCACCGAACCCCCAAACUGCUCCCCGGGCACCACAGCAAUAUAGCUGCCCACUGCUCCAGAUCAUACUCAACGGCUGAUUGUUUUCACACACCAGUACUGAGCUGAGCUGUUCAACUGCAGUAUGUCAGAGGAGCGAAGAAAGGACUCUCUGUCUGAGAUGAGUCUCUCAGAUAAACAGAGUGUAAGAUCAGGCUCACAUGUGUUCAGCUCUGUGUUUGUGAAGAGUGACUGUUCAAAAGGUGAUGGACCAAACUUCAGGGAGAAAAAAACAUCAUCCAAAAAGAGGCUUCAGUGUGAAACAUUAGAUUCAGAUUUCCAGACUCACAGGAAUCACAAGAAUUUCAAAGAUCUCUUAUGGAUCUUCCAGGAUCUUGAGGGGAAAAUAAUCACAUUCCUCAAAAAUGAGCUAAAACAUUUAAUGAAACUAUUACAAAAAGAGAACGCACAAUACUUUGUAAAGGACUUUAAUGAGAAUAGACACAGUAUCAAAGAAGCAGCUCUUGAUCUCACACUCUACUUCUUGAGAGAGAUGAAGCAAGAUGAAGCUGCUGAUACUCUAGAAGACAAGCUGGUCUUCAUUCAUCAGCUGAAAUGUGGUUUAAAGGAGAAGUAUCAGUGUGUGUUUGAAGGAAUUGCAAAGCAAGGUGACUCCAUACUUUUGAAUAAUAUCUACACAGAUCUCUAUAUCACUCAGGGUUGCAGUGAACAGGUAAAUACUGAACAUGAGGUAAGACAGAUUGAAGUUGCUUCUAGGUGUCAUGACUUUCAAGAGAUACCAAUUGAGUGCAAAAAUUUGUUUGACGCAUCUGCACAAGACAAGGAGAUCAGAACUGUAUUGACAAAAGGAGUUGCUGGCAUUGGAAAAUCAGUUUCUGUGCAAAAGUUUGUUCUGGAUUGGGCUGAAGGAAAAGAAAAUCAAGAUAUCAGUUUCAUAUUUCCUCUUCCAUUCAGAGAGAUUAACUUAAAGGAAAAACAAAAACAAAGUUUAAUGGACAUUAUAGCUCAGUUUUUACCAGAGGCAAAAGGACUGAACCUUAAAAGAAGAAAUCAUUUUAAAGUCCUGUUUAUUCUUGAUGGACUGGACGAAUGUCGUCUUCCUUUGAACUUUGAGUUUAAUGAGACGUGGCAUGAUGUAUCAUCACCCGCCUCUCUAGAUGUUCUCCUAACGAACCUCAUCAAGGGAAAUCUGUUUCCUUCUGCCCACAUCUGGAUCACCACCAGACCAGCAGCUACCAGUAAGAUUCCUCCAGACUGUAUCGACCGGGUGACAGAGAUACGAGGAUUCAAUGAUGCACAAAAGGAGGAGUACUUCAGAAAAAGAUUCAUAGAUGACAAUCUGACCAAAGAAAUAAUUGAUCAUGUAAAACAAUCAAAGAGUCUCUUUAUCAUGUGCCACAUCCCAGUCUUCUGCUGGAUUUCAGCCACAGUUCUCCAGAACAUUUUAGAAGAGAAAAGAAGUGUGAAAAACAAUCAGGCUGAUGAUGCCUCCAAAACACUGCAGGAAUCAAACACUGAAGAUACUCCCAAGACUCUGACACAAAUGUACACACACUUUCUACGCUUUCAGAUCUUGCAGAGCAGGCGAAAGUAUGAUGGAGAAUAUACACCAGAUGUUUCCUGGGAUAAAGAUGCCAUCCUUUCACUGGGGAAACUGGCAUUUCAUCAGCUGGAAAGAAACAAUUUGAUCUUUUAUGAGUCAGACCUGGAAGCCUGUGGUAUUGAUGUCUAUAAGGCAUCAGUGUACUCAGGCAUGUGUACCCAGAUCUUUAAGGAGGAAACAGGGAUCAUUCUUGGUACCAUGUACUGUUUUGUUCACUUGAGCAUUCAGGAGUUUAUUGCAGCCCUUUAUGCACAUCUGUUUCUAGACAUCAACAAGAAAAAUGUGUUUGUUCAAGACUCUAUGGAACCGAAAAAAAAUGAAAGCAUGAUUGAUUUGCUCAAGACUGCAGUGGACAAGGCACUUGAGUGUGACAAUGGACAUCUGGACCUUUUCCUUCGCUUCCUUCUUGGUCUGUCACUUCAGUCCAAUAGACUUCUCUUACGAGGUCUGCUGCCACAGGAAGACUGCAAAGACCAGAGCAAAAAAGAAAUAGUUCAGUAUAUCAAGCAGAAAUUUGAAGCUAAUCUUUCUCCAGAGAGAUCCAUCAAUCUGUUCUACUGUCUGAAUGAACUGAACGACCAAUCUCUGGUGAAAGAGAUUCAGACCCACCUCAGAAAAGGAAGUCUCUCAUCUACUGACCUUUCACCUGCCCAGUGGUCUGCUUUGGCCUUUGUGUUGUUGACAUCAGAGAAGGAGCUGGAGGAGUUUGAGCUUCAGAAAUUUAGGAAAUCAGAUGAGUGUCUCAUUAGAUUAUCGACAGUCAUCAAAACACACAAUAGAGCUCUGUUAAAUGAUUGCAACUUAACAGACAGAAGUUGUUCAGCACUGGUUACAGUUCUUGAAUCAGACAACAGUCUGAAAGAGCUGAACAUGAACAAUAAUAAUCUGCAAGAUUCAGGAGUGAAGCUACUCUGCAUUGGACUGAAGAACAUGACGUGUAAAUUGGAGAUACUGAGGCUUAGCAUGUGUGAGCUAACAGAGGAAAGCUGUUCAGCUCUUGCUUCAAUUCUCAGUUCAGACUCCAGCAGUCUGAAGGAUCUUGACUUGAGUAAUAAUAAUAUUCGGGAUUCAGGGGUGACGUUACUCUCUGAUGGACUAAAAGAGAAAUGUAAACUGGAGAAACUCAGACUGUCAAACUGCAGUAUCACUGAAGAAGGUUAUAAAGCUCUGGCUUCAGCUCUGAGAUCAAACACUUCACACCUGAUAGAGUUGGAUCUCAUGGAAAAUGAUCCUGGACAAUCAGGAGUGAAGGAGCUCAAUGAUUUACUACAGGAUCCAAACUGUAAACUGAAGACACUGAGGUUUUUAGGUCCUGCUGCAGAUGAAGCCUUUCAGUAUGUGACUGGAGUUGUGGGUAAAAACCCAUUACUCUUGACAGAGCUGAAUCUGAGUGAACGUGAACUAGGAGACACACGAGUGAAUCAAAUUGCUGCUCUACUGCAGGAUAAACACUGUCAACUUAACACACUGAUACUAAAUAAUGACAGUAUCACAGAAGAAGGUUGUGCUGCUCUGACUUCAGCAUUUAAUUCAAACCCUUCAAACCUAAUAGAGCUGGAUCUGAGUGGAAAUAAACUAGGAAACUCAGGAAUGAUGAAGAUAUGUUGUCUGUUGAAAAAUACAAAAAGCAGAUUGAUGAAACUUAAACUUUCAGAUUGCGGUAUAACAGAAGAAGGUUAUAAAGCUCUGGCAUCAGCUCUGAGAUCAAACCCUUCACACCUGAUAGAGCUGGAUCUCAAAGGAAAUGAUCCUGGACAAUCAGGAGUGAAGGAGCUUAAUGAUUUACUUCAGGAUCCGAACUGUCAACUGAAGACACUGAGGUUUUUGUUUCCUGCUGCAGAUGAAGCCUGCCAGUUUGUGACUGGAAUUGUGGGUAAAAACCUGUUACUCCUGAGUGAGCUGAAUCUAAGUGGACGUUAUCUAGUAGACACACGAGUGAAUCAGAUUGCUGCUCUACUGCAGGAUAAACACUGUCAACUCAGUACACUGAUACUGUGUGGGUGCAAGAUUACAGAGAAACAGUGUCUCAUCCUGUCUUCAGCUCUGAAAUCAAACCCAUCACACCUGAGAGAACUGAACCUUAGUGGGAAUAAACUCAAAGACUCUGGAGUGAAAAACCUCAGUGAUCUACUGAUGAACCCACAAUGCAAGCUGGAGAAACUAGAGCUGUGUGGAUGCAGAAUUACAGAGAAACAGUGUCUCAUCCUGACUUCAGCUCUGAAAUCAAACCAAACACACCUGAGAGAGCUGGACCUCAGUGAAAAUAAAAUUAAAAACACAGGAGUAAAGCACUUAUGUGACAUACUGAAUGAUUCAGACUGUAAACUGGAGAGACUGAGUCUGCAUGACUGUGGCAUUACAGAUGUUUCUUUUUUAACUCACUCUUUGACAAACACAAAAGCACUGCAGUUUCUAAAAGAGCUUGAUCUGAGUUACAGUGUGAUUGGACAAUCAAAGCAGGAGCUCAUUUAUGUACUACGGCACUCAAACUGUAAACUACUAGAAAAAGAACACUGGCUCACAACUAGUCUAGGUGACAUUAAUUUAAGCUGACCCUCAACAGGAGGGAACCAGUAACUACCAUCAGGUGACAGAUCUGCACAAGAGCUUUACUACAGUGUAUAUGUCACGAAUCCUGUCCAUGGUCUUCGGUCUUCCCGUCACCAGAAGUUGCCUUCCUUCUGCAUUGACUCUCACACUGCACUGACUGUUACAUGUCACCCUGGACUACAUUUCCCAUGCUCCACUCACUGAUUACGCACACAUUUGCAGCCAAUCACACACAGUAUAAAAAUAUGAGGCCCCAACCAUCAUUCAGGGCAAAUUAUUGUUUGCGCAUAUCACUGUGUUAGUGAUAACAACAUUAUGGAGCCACUCCGAGUGUUUCCUAGUUCCCUAGACCAGUUAAGUCUUGCUCAUAGUCUGUUUUCCUGUAUCUAGAUCAUUGCCUGGUUUAUCUCGUCUUGCCUGUCAGCUGCCUGCCCUGGAUUUAUUGCCUGUCUUGCAUUAACCUUGCCAUUUUGGACUCUGUCCGCCCCUGGUUUGGAUUAUUGUCUGUCUAUUUGGAGUACCCGUUUGCCUUGCCCCCUGGAUUACAUUUGCUGUCGAUCGACCCUUGCCUGUUUACUGGACUGCCCUUGAGUCUUUCCUGUGCUAUAUCUGUUUGCUGGUGUAUUAAGUGGUGACACCACAACACAUCCAAGAUGUUUAAAAGAAAUUAUAAACUGUAAAGACUCUUGAACAUCAUGUCCAGGUUUGAAUCAUUUGUAAUUAUUAUAUGACUUUGUUGCUAAAUCUCAAAAAAAAAA